GUACUCUGUUGUGCAAUGUGUUCGUAGUGCAAGUCCAGGGCACACAGGCUCGCGCGCUCUCCCUCUCUGUCUCUGACUCUCCCUCUCCCUCUUGUUCUCUCACUUUCUGUCGGAUGGUCUUGGUGCUAGUGGUCGCUGAGGAUGUGUGAAGAGUAGUCUGGAUAGAAGGUACCAGAAGGGAAGAAGUCAUGUUUAGUUGUCACUGAUCUGGGAUAGCAACUUGGACCCCUGGACUAUCUCAGAUCUAGUGCUUCUUGUGAAGGUGGGUUGCUGAGGGGAAUCGGUACUUGCUAGCAGACGGAUGGAGCUUCAAAGAGCUACCAGUAUGCCUGGACCCCUGUCUCCUGGACCUUUAUCUCCUGAACACUUGGGUGCUGGGCACCUUAGCCCUGGACCCCUGUCUGCAGGGCUGGGGCCCUCAUCCCCAGGUGCCGGUCCCACACCUGCUGCUAGUCCUGGGCCCAGCUACGGGGGGGCGGCCUUCAACUACAAUCAGCUUGAAGGUCGAUUUAAGCAACUGCAAGAUGAGCGUGAGGCUGUACAGAAGAAGACCUUCACCAAGUGGGUGAACUCCCACCUGUCCCGUGUUUCCUGCCGCAUCACUGACCUGUACAUGGACCUAAGGGAUGGACGGAUGCUCAUCAAGCUCCUGGAAGUGUUGUCUGGAGAGAGGCUGCCAAAGCCUACGAAGGGCCGCAUGCGGAUCCACUGUCUGGAGAACGUGGACAAAGCCCUGCAGUUCCUCAAGGAGCAGCGCGUCCACCUGGAGAACAUGGGCUCACACGACAUCGUGGAUGGUAACCACCGCCUCACCCUGGGCCUCAUCUGGACCAUCAUCCUGCGCUUCCAGAUUCAGGACAUUAGCGUUGAGACGGAGGAUAACAAAGAGAAGAAGUCUGCGAAGGAUGCCCUGCUUCUGUGGUGUCAGAUGAAGACUGCAGGCUACCCAAAUGUCAACAUUCACAAUUUCACCACCAGUUGGAGAGAUGGCAUGGCCUUCAAUGCCCUUAUUCACAAACACAGACCUGACCUGAUAGACUUUGAUAAGCUGAAGAAGUCCAAUGCUCACUACAAUCUGCAGAAUGCCUUCAACCUGGCUGAACAGCACCUGGGCCUCACAAAACUUCUGGACCCAGAAGAUAUCAGUGUCGACCAUCCUGAUGAGAAGUCAAUCAUCACCUAUGUUGUCACCUACUAUCACUACUUCUCAAAGAUGAAGGCACUGAAGGUGGAGGGCAAACGUAUUGGAAAGGUGCUAGACAACGCCAUUGAAACUGAGAAGAUGAUCGAGAAAUAUGAGUCUCUGGCCUCUGACCUCCUGGAGUGGAUAGAGCAGACCAUCAUCAUCCUCAACAAUCGCAAGUUUGCCAACUCCCUGGUGGGAGUGCAACAGCAGCUGCAAGCCUUCAACACAUACAGAACAGUGGAGAAACCUCCCAAGUUUACAGAAAAAGGCAAUCUGGAGGUGCUCCUAUUCACUAUUCAGAGCAAAAUGCGAGCAAACAAUCAAAAGGUCUACAUGCCUCGGGAGGGGAAACUCAUAUCAGAUGUCAACAAGGCAUGGGAGAGGCUAGAGAAGGCAGAGCAUGAGCGGGAACUGGCUCUGAGGACAGAGCUGAUUCGCCAGGAGAAACUAGAGCAGCUCGCACGUAGAUUCGACCGCAAGGCUGCCAUGAGAGAAACCUGGCUGAGUGAAAACCAGCGGCUGGUCUCACAGGACAACUUUGGCUUCGACCUACAAGCCGUGGAGGCAGCCACCAAGAAGCACGAGGCCAUCGAGACAGACAUCUCCGCAUACGAGGAACGUGUGCAAGUGGUGGUGGCUGUAGCAGGGGAGCUGGAGGUGGAGGGUUACCACGACAUCAAGCGCAUCGCGGCUCGCAGGGACAAUGUCCUUCGGCUCUGGGACUACCUGCUGGAGCUGUUGAAGGCUCGGCGCCAGAGGCUGGAGCUCAACCUGGGUCUGCAGAGGGUCUUUCAGGAAAUGCUCUACAUCAUGGACUGGAUGGAUGAGAUGAAGAUGCUGCUCCUAUCUCAGGACUAUGGAAAGCAUCUCCUGGGGGUGGAGGACCUGCUACAGAAGCAGGCUCUGGUUGAAGCCGACAUAGGCAUACAAGCUGACCGUGUUAAGGCUGUCAACACCAAUGCACAGAAAUUUGCAGACGACUCUGAGGGCUAUAAGCCCUGUGACCCACAAGUGAUCCGUGACCGCGUGGCACACAUGGAGUUCUGCUACCAGGAGCUCACCCAGCUGGCAGCAGAGAGGCGUGCACGCCUGGAGGAGUCACGGCGCCUCUGGAAGUUCUUCUGGGAGAUGGCUGAGGAAGAGGGCUGGAUCCGAGAGAAGGAGCAGAUCCUGUCAUCGGAUGACUGCGGCAAGGACCUGACUGCAGCUCUGCGCCUGCUAAGCCAGCACAGGGCCUUCGAGGAUGAACGCAGCGGCCGGGCCGGCCACCUCCAGCAGACAGUGCGGCAAGGUGAGGAGCUGGUGGCUGCCGGCCACUUCGGCGCAGACAAGAUCCGCCAGCGUAUUUCUGACGUCCAGGAGCAGUGGGCGGACCUGGAGCGGCUGUCGGCGGCACGCCGGCUCCGCUUGCAGGAGGCAUGCGGACUGCACCAGUUCCAUGCCGACGCUGACGACAUGGACGCCUGGAUGCUGGAUGCCUUGCGCCUGGUGUCCAGUGCCGACGUGGGCCAUGACGAGUUCUCCACCCGCGCACUUGCUAAGAAACACAAGGAUGUGGCCGAGGAGAUCGACAGUUACCGGCCUGUGCUGGACGCGCUGCAUGAGCAGGCCCGGGCGCUGCCCGAGGAGCAGGCGAACUCCGCUGACGUGGACAAGCGCCUGGCUGGCAUCGAGGAGCGCUACAAGGAGGUGACGGAGCUGACCAGGCUGCGGAAGCAGGCCCUGCAGGAUGCGCUGGCGCUCUACAAGAUGAUGAGUGAGGCGGACGCGUGCGAGCUGUGGAUCGUCGAGAAGGAGCAGUGGCUCAAUGGGAUGGAGAUUCCAGAGAAACUGGAGGACCUGGAGGUGGUUCAGCACAGGUUUGAGAGCCUUGAACCAGAGAUGAACAGUCAAGCUUCCCGAGUGGCUGUGGUGAACCAAAUAGCCCGCCAGCUCAUCCACAGUGGCCACCCCAGCGAGAAGGAGAUCAAAGCCCAGCAGGACAAACUCAACACCAGGUGGAGCCAGUUCCGUGACCUCGUGGAUCGGAAGAAGGAUGCCCUCAACUCUGCUCUUGGUGUGCAGAACUACUACCUUGAGUGCAACGAGACAAAAUCAUGGAUCCGUGAGAAGACCAAAGUCAUCGAAUCCACACAGGAGUUGGGCAAUGACCUGGCCGGCGUGAUGGCCCUGCAGCGUAAGCUGACUGGCAUGGAAAGAGACCUGGCUGCCAUUGAGGACAAGCUGGGUGGCUUGGGCAAGGAGGCUGAGCAGCUGGCCGGAGAGCACCCGGAUCAGGGCCCAGGCAUUAAGGGCCACCUGGGUGAGAUCAAGGACGUGUGGGAGGAGAUGAAGGGCACCCUGCGCACCCGUGAGGAGUCCCUGGGCGAGGCCAGCAAACUCCAGCAGUUCCUCCGGGAGCUGGACGACUUCCAGGCCUGGCUGUCACGCACGCAGACUGUGGUGGCAUCCGAGGACAUGCCCAACACCCUGGCUGAGGCCGAAAAGCUUCUGGCGCAGCAUGAGGGCAUCAAGAACGAGAUACGCAACUACGAGGAGGAUUAUCAGAAAAUGCGGGACAUGGGCGAGAUGGUGACCCAGGGCCAGACGGACGCCCAGUACAUGUUCCUCAGGCAACGGCUGCAGGCGCUCGACACUGGCUGGAAUGAGCUGCAGAAAAUGUGGGAGAAUCGGCAGAAGCUGCUCUCGCAGUCGCAUGCCUACCAGCUGUUCCUCCGAGACACCAAGCAGGCUGAAGCCUUCCUCAAUAACCAGGAAUAUGUACUGGCACACACGGAGAUGCCGGCCACCCUGGAAGGAGCAGAGGCAGCCAUUAAAAAGCAGGAGGACUUCAUGACCACCAUGGACGCCAACGAGGAGAAGAUCAAUGGUGUGGUGGAGACAGGUCGCCGGCUGGUGUCCGAUGGCAACAUCAGCUCUGAGCGAAUUCAGGAGAAAGUGGGCUCCAUCGAAGAGAGGCAUAAGAAGAACCGCGGGACAGCCAAUGAGCUUCUCACCAAGCUUAAAGAUAAUAGGGAUCUACAGAGGUUCCUGCAGGACUGUCAGGAGCUCUCCCUGUGGAUCAGUGAGAAGAUGCUAACAGCCCAGGACAUGUCGUACGACGAAGCACGCAACCUGCACAGUAAGUGGCUCAAACAUCAGGCCUUCAUGGCGGAACUGCAGUCCAACAAGGAGUGGCUGGACAAGAUCCAGAAGGACGGCACGGCGCUGGUGGCUGAGAAGCCCGAAACCGAGGCUGUGGUGAAGGGAAAGCUGGAGUCUCUGAAGAAGACGUGGGGAGAGCUGGAGUCCACCACGCAGACCAAGGCCCAGUGCCUGUUCGACGCCAACAAGGCUGAGCUCUUCACCCAGAGCUGCACCGACCUGGACAAGUGGCUUGCUGGACUGAAGGGCCAAAUCCAGUCGGAUGACUUUGGCAAAGACCUGACCAGCGUCAAUAUCUUGCUCAAGAAGCAGCAGAUGCUGGAGAGUCAGGUGGAGGUGCGGCAGAAGGAGGUGGAGGAGCUCCGCUCACAGGCCCAGGCGCUCAGCCAGGAGGGCAAGGGCUCGGACGAGGUGGACGGGCGUCGGCAUGGCGUAGAGCAGAAGUUCCUCCAGCUUCAGGAGCCGCUGCGGCGGCGCCGGAGCAACCUCACGGCCUCGCGCGACAUCCACCAGUUCAACCGCGACGUGGAGGACGAGAUCCUCUGGGUUGAAGAGAGAAUGCCAAUGGCCAUAUCAACGGACCACGGCAAUAACUUACAAACCGUCCAACUCCUUAUCAAAAAGAACCAGACGCUCCAGAGGGAGAUCCAGGGUCACCAGCCACGCUACGAAGACAUCUUCGAGCGGAGCGGGCACACCCUGAAGGAUGACAGUCCUGCCAGCGCGGCCAUUCGGCCGCGCCUGGACGACCUCCAGCGGAUGUGGCGUUUGCUCCAGGAGGAGGUGGAGAAGCGGCAUGCUCGCCUGGAGGAGGCACACCGAGCGCAGCAGUACUACUUUGAUGCAGCCGAGGCCGAGGCCUGGAUGAGUGAGCAGGAGCUGUACAUGAUGUCAGAGGAGAAGGCUAAGGACGAACAGAGCUCAGUGACCAUGCUGAAGAAACAUCAGAUCCUGGAGCAGGCGGUGGAGGACUAUGCCGACACCGUGCACCAGCUCUCUAAGACCAGCAGGGCCUUGGUAGCUGCCGGGCAUCCAGAGAGUGAGCGUAUCGGCAUGCGGCAGUCCCAGGUGGACAAGCUCUAUGCGGGCCUGAAGGACCUGUCUGAAGAAAGGCGCGGAAAGCUGGAUGAGAGAUCCCGUCUUUUCCAGCUCAACCGUGAGGUCGAUGAUUUAGAGCAGUGGAUUGCCGAAAGGGAAGUGGUGGCAGGAUCUCACGAGCUGGGCCAGGACUACGAACAUGUGACCAUGCUUCAGGAACGUUUCCGGGAGUUCGCACGUGACACAGGCAACAUCGGCCAGGAGCGUGUCGACGGUGUCAACAAAAUGGCCGACGACCUGAUCAACUCGGGCCAUGCGGAUGCGGCAACCAUCGCUGAGUGGAAGGAUGGGCUCAAUGAGGCAUGGGCGGACCUGCUGGAGCUGAUUGACACUCGCACCCAGAUCUUGGCUGCUUCAUACGAGCUGCACAAGUUCUACCACGAUGCCAAGGAGGUGCUGGUACGCAUACUGGACAAACACAAGAAGCUUCCAGAAGAGCUGGGCCGAGACCAGAACACAGUGGAGACACUGCAGAGGAUGCACACCACCUUUGAACAUGACAUCCAGGCCCUGGGGACACAGGUGAAGCAGCUGCAGGACGAUGCCGCGCGUCUACAGGCAGCUUAUGCCGGGGACAAGGCUGAGGACAUCCAGCGGCGGGAGGCUGAGGUCCUGGAGUCGUGGCGGGCCCUCCUGGAAGCAUGCGAGGGACGGCGCACCCGCCUCCUGGACACUGCCGACAAGUUCCGCUUCUUCAGCAUGGUGCGCGACCUCAUGCUGUGGAUGGAGGAUGUCAUCCGGCUCAUUGAUGCGCAGGAGAAGCCCAGGGAUGUUUCGUCUGUGGAACUCUUAAUGAACAAUCACCAAGGCAUCAAAGCCGAGAUCGACGCUCGCAACGACAGCUUCACUACCUGCAUCGAACUGGGGAAAGCUCUGCUUGCACGCAAGCACUACGCUUCUGAUGAGAUCAAAGAGAAGUUACUUCAGUUGACUGACAAGAGGAAAGAGAUGAUUGACAAGUGGGAAGACCGAUGGGAGUGGCUGCGGCUUGUCCUGGAGGUGCAUCAGUUCUCGCGGGAUGCCGGCGUAGCGGAGGCGUGGCUGUUGGGCCAGGAGCCGUACCUGUCCAGCCGUGAGGUGGGUCAGAGCGUGGAUGAAGUGGAGAAGCUGAUCAAGAGACAUGAGGCCUUUGAGAAGUCUGCGGCCACCUGGGAGGAGCGCUUUGCUGCGCUGGAGAGGCUGACCACGAUGGAGUUAUUGGAAGUGAGAAGACAGCAAGAGGAAGAGGAGAGAAAUAGUCAGCCCCCCCCUGUAGAAGUUCCGCCCAAUGAGGCAGCAUCUCCACAACAGAGGGAGGGCGAGCAGGUCUCUCAGAAUGGGCUGACAACAGAGCAGGAUUCGCCCCGGGAGGCCGCGGGAGGUAGUGAUUCUGUCAAUGGCGGAGCGGUGCCCAGUCCUGGCCCCUCCCCCACGGGCAGCCGCAAGGGGAAAACAUGUCAAGUUGCCAUUCUCCCAAACAAGGCCCAGGACACACCCACCACUCAAAUGGAGGGCUUCCUGAAUCGCAAGCAUGAAUGGGAAGGACACAACAAGAAGGCAUCCAACAGAUCUUGGCACAAUGUCUACUGCGUGGUCAAUAGCCAAGAGAUGGGCUUUUACAAGGACAGCAAGAGUGCUAGUCAGGGUAUCCCCUACCACAGUGAAAUUCCCAUCAGUCUGAAGGAGUCUACAUGUGAGGUCGCCUUGGACUACAAGAAAAAGAAACAUGUUUUCAAACUCAGAAUUUCAGAUGGGAAUGAGUAUCUCUUCCAAGCCAAAGACGAUGAGGAGAUGAACUCGUGGAUCCAGGCAAUCUCCUGCACCACACCCUCUGAGCUCAGCAGCCAUAGCACGCCUGCCUCCUGCCGCGCACAUACUCUGCCCACCUCCGUAAGCGGGACCUCUGAGUCCAGCCCAGGCAAGCGGGAGAAAGACAAGGAGAAACGCUUCAGCCUCUUCAGCAAGAAGAAGUAGAACCUGCCGAGCAGCCCAGCGCGUGGCUCAUUUCCCUAGUCCCUCCCUCCUUCCCUAAUUCCUCUCUCCUCCUCUUCUCCUAUCCUCUUCUUGAAGUGCAGCUCUAGCAUGUGAAGCUCCGAGCCAAGACUCUGUGCCUGUCACUUCUUUGGGUGGGCUCAGUUUUGUUUUUUGUUUUUUUUGUUUUUUGUUGUUUUGUUUUGUUUUGUUUUGUUUUGGUCCCCUCCCCCUUUUUUUAUAAGGAAGGAGCUGGAAGAGGAAUAUCCUUAGAGUUGGAGGUGCUUUGGGGUAGUUAUUGUAAAUCAUUCCUAAGUCUCAAGAGACAAAAUUCCCAGUAAGCUUUCUUUACACUUUCUCUUUUCUUUGUUCACACUUUCUUUCAGUAUACCUGCUUCAGUGCUGUCGAGUUGUCUGGUUGGUUCCUUCUGCUCUUGUUUUCGUAAGUGUGACAAGUUUCUAGGAGCCGCCCUCCAUUUUGUGAGGCUUUCUCGUUGUCUGCUGUGGAAGGAGGGCGGUAGUGGUGCUCUGGAUCCAUGAGGAUUCCCCGAGUUGUUAACCUCCCAUCAAAUUUAAAUUACUAAUAAAGCUCAUCAGCCAUUAUAGGUUUCCUUAAAGGGCAAACUCUGUACUAAAGACCUUUUAGUAUGAAGUAAAUGUGUCUGAAUGCACACCCACCAUGUAGUGGCAAAUAUUAACAUAAUGCUGGAAAGUUUCAUGAGAUGAUUGUGAAGCGUGAGAAUGUUGGUUACUUAUGAAAGACUACUUUUAUCAAGAAAAACAAUAAACUGAUUUGUGUUUUUCUUCUUGUACUUGAGUUGCAUUAUAUUGUUGAAAGGGUAUUUAGAGAAAAAUAUGAAUAUAGAUGUAUUAUAACUUCUAAAAGGUAUCAUUUGUUAAGUGGGGGAAAAGGUGUGGCAAUUAUUGAAAAUCGUGUGACUGAUGAACGGCUGCUUGCUUGUUGGCUAUAGCGCUGUGUUGUCAUUUUGCCACUUUCUCUGGCUACUCAAUAACUAGUGUGCAUUCUCUGUCAGUGUAACUACUGUAACAAUACAUUUUCGUCAUUAUUCAACAGUCAAAAUGCCAUAACGCCUCCGGGGCCAGCUGGUUAUGACGUAAAACAUGGACUCGCACCUGUAGCCUUUUACCCUAUCUGUUAAAUACGUGCAAAGUCAUUAAAGAUGCUUUUGAACUUAAAAAUAAGUUUGCCGUUUCUUUUUUUCUUUUUUUUUUGUAGGGGUGAGGGAGUAGUUGAAGGUUGUCAUAAAAAUGCAAAUACUCAGUAAAAAUUAAAAUCUCUGACAAUAUUGCAGAAAUAAAGCUAGAGUAAUCAUGCUAUCUUCCAUCACUGCACGAAAAUAUGUUAUAUAGAUCAGCCAAGGUACUUACUGCAAAAAAGGAGUGGGUUGGUACACAUCAGUUAAGGCUAUCCUAGAAUAUAUUUCAUGUGACGAUACACUUGGACCACACCCCAUAUGUGACAUGAAAUUCACCAUUACGGUAACUAAUGUACAUAAAGUUAAAUGAUCGUGUGUGAUAUGGACACAGAUUGUAUUUGCCAGCCUAUUUCCCAGUUUAUUAUUCAUAAACUUUUGCUUUUACAGUCAGGGCAACUAACCUUUUACUACCUCUCAUAAAAACUGAGUGCUACUAUUGAAAAUAAAUUCAUGUUUAUACGCUAUUUCGAAGGCACCUCUGGGCUCUUCCGGAUGAAACGUUUAUUUUUGUUAUAUAAGCGACCUGUUAUAAUCAUUUAAGAUGAUUCUAAAUAGGUCGCUUCAUCAACAAAAAAUGUUUUGUUGUUUUCUCUUCAUUUGUAUAUUGUUGGAAUGUAUCCUACUCAAUAAAUCGACAACUCUUUCCUA